AUGGCCUCUACACUCUGGGUUGACCCAUAUGAGACUCUGGGAGUGGCACGGGAUGCCAAGCUUCCUACAAUUAAUCUUACAUAUCGUCUGCACCUUCGUAGUCACAUCAAGCGGCUAUUCAACAACGCGGCCAUGAAGGCCAAUAUGCAAAGAGAAUUUCAGAAAGUCCAGGACGCUUACGAUGUGAUCAUCAAAAAGAAUGAACUGAAACGCGCCAUUGAAACUAUAAUUGGCGGCGAACUCCAGCAAUUCAAGGAAUGUUGGGAAAUCUUACUGCUAGCCAGGAAACCAACAGAAAAACAUCUCAUUGACAGCCUGACGAGGGAGAGGUGGUCGACAGUUUGCAAGAAUUCGACUCAGCCAGGAGAUCCACUUGAUAGAGUACAGCCAGGGUGGUUGAUUGGGGUAGUCUCGUGUAUCCAACUAUUCUAUGACUUCAUUUCACUGCUUUUGACGUCAAUAAAGCGAACGUGGGUUCGAAGGAGCCAUCCGAAAUAUGAGUAUCAACAGCUUGAAACAAGCACAGCACUCUUUGGAGUGACGAUUGAGAGAGACUCUCAGCAAGUUGAUGUUGAGCUGCCCCUGAUACUGGAAGGCCAGCAUAUAAUGGCUACUCCUGACUUGGGGUCCGAUUACAACGUCAUGUCUGCAAGCGUGGUAAAACAGCUCAGACUAAAUGUUCAAGAUUGUUUCUUGUGUAAGUGCAUGGGUAACAAAUUUAAAAUGGCAAAUGGUCGCGUUAUCACGUGUAAAGGGUUGGUAUGGACUUGUUUUGCCUUUCCUUCAGAGGAAGCAUUGAACCUCCCUAUUGGUUUCCACGUCCUAGAGCCUCUCGCCACCUCUAUCGUUAUCGGUAGAAAAUUCCUCAAUAAGACAAGUACUCUCACAACUCACCUUAACCGAUUUGUACACUCUCCUCGCCCAUUUUGGAAUGCAUUGUCCACUUCACGGAUACUUCACCUCAAAGCGCCUUCUCGAACACUCCAGUGCUCUAUCAACAGUACUCUGGUGGGAGCGAACGUCGAUACAAGGGCAGAGAUGAAUCUAGCCUCGCCCGAAUUUGCUGCCCGUUCCGGAGUCCGAAUCAAGCCCGCCGAUCAACAACACCAGUUCGUUCAGCUUGCGGAUGGAUCGAUCACUUCCAUUAUUGGUAGUUUCCGUGCAAGAUUUAACCCUUUCGAUAAACCCUCAAACAAAACACUACGACUGGGUCCUCGCAUGCAGAAGUUUUACAUCCUCGAUGGUCUCACUUCGGAUGUCUUGCUCGGCCGUCAACUCCUUCUUGAGAUGUAUGCCUUCGUUAAUCAAGUUAAUCAAUCUAACACAUUUUUCGAUAUGAAACGCCCGUCUCUGCAUGACGACCUGAAUGUUAUCGCCUGGAUUGAGGAAUGGCGUGGUAUGUUUGGCUGGCACCCAGUUGAGCGCGACUAUCUCGAUGUAAAACAUUCUACCUUCUGGUUUAACGUUGAAACGGACGUUCUUAAUGAACGUGACCGACCUCACCAGAUUCAGACUUGUCUCACCGAGGCAGAAGAACAGAUGCGCCAAAAACAAGAGCUUUACCUGAAGUGA